CGACUCCGUGAACUCAGCGAGUGCAGUCGUGUGCACGCGUCUCAGUUCUGCGUUCUCUCUGUAUCACUGUGUGUAUAUCUUGUGUGCAGCUCUGUGUAGCUCGUGUGUGUGUGUUUCCAAAGCGAACUUAUCUUGUUUUUACUGAUUGCAUGCCCCAUCUCCUCGAAGACACCCUCAAUGUGUCGCUCAAAACGUCACCUUUGUUGUGUGUAGGCAUACAAAACGGCGCAGCAAACAUAUUUCACCCAAAAGGUUGUGCAGUGGUGUUUAGUGGUGUGAAGUGAAAAGAACAUUUCCAUCGUAGCAGCCAUCGUUGGCAGAGGGACAGUUCCAGACGGGAAGUGUGUGUGUGUGUGUGUGUGUGUGUGAGUGCGCGUGUCAGUGUUUCGUAUUUCGCUAGUGGUGAAAACUAUUUUGUGAAGCGUUUCUUUUCCGUUCGGUGACCACCUUCUUUGACCGACCACCCAACCCUCCAUCCACCGCCCACCCCCCCUCCCCAACCGGAUCAGAUUUCCUUGCGGUUUAUAGCCCUUCGCAGACAUUAUGGCAGAUAGUUUGGUGGAAACGCCCACGGCCAGUGCGGGCCACUUGAUGAACCUGAACGUGAUAAACGCGAUGGCGGGUGACUCGGGAAGCUCCUCCUCGUCCUCUUCCUCCUCUUCGUCAUCCUCUGCCUCCUCCUCCUCGUCCUCUUCCUCGUCCUCUUCGUCGAAUGUGGCCACGUCAUCCGGGUCCGGUGCCGCACCGUCCGAACCGGCCCCGGGCGGCACCACCACCACCCCGACCGUGCUGAUCUCAGUCAGUGCCACCACCACCGGCACGUCCUCCACCCGCCAGUCAAGCCUGGCGUCCGAUCUGCUGCUCAACCAGAUGCUUAAUAUCGCUCAGCAUCGUGUCCAGCAGCAGCAGCAGCAGCAGCAACAACAACAACAACCGUCGUCCUCUUCCUCCCCCUCCCCCUCCUCUUCGGCUCCUUCCUCAUCCUCGGCCGUGUCGUCGUCCGGUACGCCGGCCGUUAGCUCACAGCUGCCGACCGGUGGCCCUUCCACCGUCGCAGCCGGUGACCCAUUGCCGCCCACCCUUAUCACACUGUCCGCCACACCGUCCCCGUCCUCGUCGUCGGCGGCGGCGGCACCAUCGCACGGCACAAAUGCGGCCGCUGCCCGGCCCGUGCAGCUGCCCGUUCGGCCGCUCGAGCUGGUGAAGCAGCAGCAGGCGCCGGCCAGCCGCUCCGUCCACGGCCGCCCGGCCGACCCGGCGGACGACUGCGGCGAGCCGGAGGCGAAGCGCAAGAAGAAGGGCGACAAACCGAACGCGAAGGUCGAAAAGCUGGAGCUGCGCCUCGGCGGCAUACUGUGCUGUGCCGUCUGUCUCGAUCUGCCCCGGACCGCCAUGUAUCAGUGCUCGAUGGGACAUCUGAUGUGUGCUGGAUGCUUCACCCAUUUGCUGGCAGAUGGACGGCUGCGCGACCAGAACGCGACCUGUCCGAACUGUCGCACCGAGAUUAGCAAGAACAACUCGUCGCGCAACCUGGCGGUCGAGAAGGCGGUGUCGGAGCUGCCGGCCGAAUGCCAGUACUGCUCGAAGGAGUUCCCGAACAAAUCGAUCGACUACCACGAGUCGACCGAGUGCGAGGAUCGGCCAACCGAUUGCAAGUACGCGCGCAUCGGCUGCCAGUGGCGCGGCCCCAUCCACGAGGUGACGUCGCACGAGGGCAACUGUGCCCAUCCGCGCAAGUCCGGUGCGGACGUGAUGGUGGCGCUGCAGGCCCACGAUGCGAAGGCGGCCGAGGAUAAGAAGCUCUUUCUCACGCUGAUCGAUCUGCUGAGCUAUGAGAAGAUCAUUUUUAACGAUUUGCAGCUGAAACCGUACCGAACGGAUGAGUACGUCCAUCGUCUGUACUACGAGACGAGUCGCUUUUCCGCCUUCAACCAUCAGUGGGUAGUGAAGGCGAUCAUUAACAAAAGUCAGCGCGAUCCGCACGAGUCGUGUGAGCGCGACAUCACCUAUCAGCUCAUACUGAAGUCGAAAACAACGAGCCCAUUGCCGAUGCACUUCUUCGUGCUGCGUGGCCCAUUCUCCGACAUUAAGGUGGAUACGCAAAUCUACAAGCACGAUUUCGCCGACACGGAAACGGAAAGCCCGUUCAAGCUGCUGCCCCUGCCGGACACGGCCGAGUGUAACAGGCUGCUCGCGGCAAAGGCGAUCAAUUUCCGGUUAAUUAUGUUUUUGGCUUCGAAGUAAGGUGCGCGCGCGAGUGAUGGUACCACAACCGGAGACACAGAGGGCGUGCGUCUAUUACGAAGCAUUAGCUCGCGUGCUCCCAGCAUAACAGUAGUAGUUUGUUUACACAGUACACCACCCGAAUGCUAUUUAGGAUAACGUUCUUUAUCUUUAUUAUUUCCUUCCCAAAUUUAAAGGGUUUGAUGAUUUGAGAGCGCGUAAUUUAACAAAUUAAACUUUUCGCUACAAUCGUUUUGUUUCAUUCGAACUUUCGUUCGAGCGCGUGUUUCCAUUACUUAUAUUGCAUCUCAAACUGUGCGGUUUUGUGUUGUCUUUUUGCGCAAAGCACACCCAACGAGACACGUGUGUCGAACGUUUUACGGUUGCGACAUGAUGGACCAAAAUUGCGCUGUCGUUCGCACAGGACAGAGCAUUAUUAAUUCCGCCUAUUGAAUCCGACUAUCUGGGCACACUCUUGGUUUGUGUGAUUGAUUUUUGUUUUCCUUGUUGUUGCCACUAAUGUGCUAUAGCCGCCACCAGCAGCAAAAGCGGGGUGUAGAAUGUGUAGAAUCAGCCGGUUUUAGCUUACCGCAAAAACAAAAAAAGACCGUUAGCUAGGGCAAAAGAGGAGACGUCGCGAGAUAAAGUUUAGUAUUACGUUGCCAUUUUGUUUUUCACAUUUAAAGUGUAUAACAUGCAUGCAUACAUAAUUAGCGAUAAAGCUAAGAUUACAGUAGCGUACACAGACAGCGAAGUUCUAGGGAUCCCGUCCCGUGUAGUGGACACAGGAUGCGCGGAAGUAGUAUAGGCGCCUGGAUACUCAUAAGGGUUUUGUUUUGGAGGUUUUGGUUUGUUCACCAGCGCCAUCUCUCUCCCCAAAUGGUAAUAUCUACUUGUUGCUAGAGGAAGACGUUAUUUGGGCGGGCGUUAUUUGCUAAUCGAAUGAAUAUCUAUCGUACACAAAUUUACUGCAUAAGCUCUACACUAUAUACAAAUCUACAUAACUAUAUUAGUCGAGCGCGUAAGCUUACAUUGAUUCAGAAAUGUGUGAUACAUGAACUUUGCAAAGAUUGAGUAAGAAGAAACAAUGUGACGAAGGGGGGUCUUGGACGAGCCACGGGACGAGGGCACGACGGAGGCAGGUUUUCUUUUAAACAAUACGUUUGUUUGUUGGUUUAAGAUGGGGUUAUGCUAGUUUCUACUUUUAUGAUACGCAAACACACGUGUUUUUCACCAUUACAGCGGUUAAAACAUUUGGACCACCAAACCAAAACUUCAACAUUUGUCGCGCACAGUUUUGCCGCACGAAAACUUUACACAAUAAUAUACAAAAGACAACCCCAUCGCCGGGUGGGUUUGAUAGAGAGAGAGAAGAAAGUAAAAAAACACAGAACGAGCCGUUGAAAUGCGUAAACUACAUACUCUCGUGCUAAACGCAAUCGAUUAAUAAGUACAAGUGUGUUUUUCUGCUGUAUGUUUUUGUUUUCCGCGUCCGUUUUCAAUGUAAAACAUACUUCUAGGUGAUAAGAUAUGUGCCCGAGAGCUUUUUUAUAUAUCGAAUAUGUAUUUUGUUUCUUUUUUUGCAAAACUUACCCCAAAUUUUUACUGUAACAUAGUUUAUACCAUAUAUUCUCUUAUCGCUGUCACGCGCAUCUAAUUGCUGUAGGAAUGUAAGAAUGAAUAUAUUUUGUUUCUUUAAAUGUUAGAA